AUGGAAAAUUCAUUUCGUAAUAUUUCAAAAGUUGAAGAUAUUUUUAAGGCUCGAAUGAUAAUUUUAACUUUUCUUUGGGCUGAUUUUAAUGAAGAAAGUUUGUGUAAAGAAAGUUUAAUUGAACAAAUAAUUGAUGAAAAAGUUCGAAAAGCGAUAAUUUCUGAUGAUUUUGUUGAAUGUUUUUUACAAAGAAUUAAUUAUAUUGUUGAGAAAAUUGUUUCAAAUAAUUUUGAAAAUCAUGAACAAAAUAAUGAGAAAAUUAAUGAAAUAAUUAAUAUAUUAAAACAAAAUGAGGAAAAUAAAAAUUUAUUUGAGGAUGAUAAUUUUGCUUUGAAUUUUUUUGGAAAAGUUACUGAAAUGAUAAAUUUUAAUAAAAAAUAUGAGAUGAUUUUUGAUCCUCUUUCAAUUUUUAUGACAAAGAAAUUACUUCGUAUAGAUCAACCGGGUAAUUAG